AUGGCGGCCGUAUGGCAGUCCCCAGAGCAUGAUGUCAAGGACGAAAGCUCUGCCUUACACCCACCUGAGAUUGGCCCUGAUGAAAAUGUAUCCGUUGAUGAUGGGUCGCAGGAUGAGGGUAUCCGUGACCGCAAAAGUGAUAGUUUAUGGAGAGUAUUGAAUGAAAGGCAAAUUAAUAUGAUCGCGUUUACUGGAACCAUCGGCAAUGGACUCUUCUUGGGCAGUGGUAAAGUUCUUGCUACCGCCGGACCUGGCGGUGCAGUUCUCGCCUACGCUAUCAUGGGUACAGUCAUCUCAGCGGUGAUUUCCUCUGUCGGUGAAAUGACUGCCUUGAUGCCGGUUAACGCUCCAAUGAUGGAAUUUCCACGUCGGUUCUUGGAUCGAGGCGUUGGCUUCGCCGUCGGGUGGAUAUACUGGUUUUCGUAUGUAGUUAUGGGCGCCGAGCAAAUAGUCACUGUAGCGUCUGCCAUUCGAUUCCAAUACGGUGAUGAUCACACUUUCAUUAGCUGGGAAACAGGCAUGAGCACGAAUCCUGCGAUAUGGAUUUCAGUGUUUCUCAUUGCGGUGGUUGUUUUGAAUAUGAUCCCAGUGAAGUACUUUGGAGAAUUCGAAUACCUCGUUGGAUGCAUAAAAAUCGUGUUUAUCACAAUGCUGAUUCUAACAAUGUUCAUUCUCAACAUCAUGCAACACUGGAACCCUCCAUACGGCUUUUUCAAUUCUGUCCACCGGGUCAAAGAUGAAUACGGCAACCUAGACCAGACUAUUACAGGGUCGAUGGGACGAUUCCUAGGUGUAUGGACUGCUUGUACUCGGGCAUUCUUCGCAUAUACGGGCAUGGACAUGGUUACCAUUACAGCAGCAGAGAGCAAGGCACUCGCAGACUCUGAGGCCAUGAAAAUGGCUUCACGAAAGAUAUCUCUUCGUAUAAUUAUCUUGUACAUCUUGUGUGUGCUGACCGCAUCGUUCCUGGUCCCAACAGAUCACCCUUUUAUCAAUGGCGAGGGACAGUCUACUGGAUCCCGCUCAAUCUUUAUUAUUGCCGUUGUUGAAGCUGGUCUGCCUGCGAUGGGUGAAUUUUUCAACGCAAUGUUUCUGUUCUCAGCAGCCACAUGCGCGGCUGACAACCUAUACGUGGCAUCCCGGGUCCUGCAUACCCUCGCAUUGCGAGAUCAGACUGGUCCUGAAUUUAUCACACGGAGGCUGAGGCAAUGUCGUGCUGGCGUACCGAUGAGAGCUGUGCUAUUAUCUGCGGCUGUGAUGCUUGUUGCAUAUCUAGGACCGAGCGGAGCCACUGGUGCGAGACUGAACGAGCUGUCUUCCAACUGUACUGUUUCAUUCCUCAUCGUCUACGCUACUAUCUGUGCGACCUACCUAUGCUUCUACCGAUCGCUGGACGAAGCGAAGCAAUAUGGCAAUACUAGUCAGACCCAAGCUGCAACCUACGAUCGAAACCAUGUCCGAUACCCUUACAAAUCUCACGCUCAGUGGCUGAAAGCAGGAUAUGGAAUGGUAGCUUGCAUCAUUCUGCUUCUAUUCAAUGGUGUCGAUGCAUUCCUAACGACCCCGUUUGAUGCUCGCACAUUCAUUGCCUCGUAUAUUAGUAUUCCCGUCUUUCUCUUGCUCGUCGUCUGUUACAAAAUCCGCAGACAUGGGUUUAGGUUCUCACAAUGGGGUCCAGAGAGGUCGAAGGAUCUUCGGAAUUGUGUCCAGGUAUCAAGUGAUAAGAGAAAGGGUAGGCUUGAGUUGUCUGAUCCCGUCUUCUCGUUUGAGAAUGUGAAGAGAUUUGGAGAGCAGGAGCUGCUAGAAAUUGCUCAAGGCAGUCUCGACACAGCAGCGGAGCUAAAGGCCGAGCUAGACAAGAUCUCCUGCACAAUGGCUAAAGGAAAGCACACCGCUGCAUUCCGUGGAUGGCUGAGAGCUGCACUAGGGGGGAGUAAAAGGAUCAAGAAGAUCGAUAAAGUGAUGCGUGACCGUCAGCAGAUUCUGGAAACCAGACUUUUACUUCGAAUUUGUAACAAGAACGAUGCAAUCCUCAUUCAACAACUAUCCGAUUUCGCCAAGCUAGGCACGACCUUACAAGGCUUCAUUGAAGCCCGUUCCCGCAACCAAACGACUCUUGAGCUGCUCAUUCAUAGCGAGUCUGUUGCAGUAAAGGCACACAUCGACAACAAAACCAAAGGACUUGCGCAUUCAUUCAAGGCCGUUAUUUCCUCCGAGUCAAGCCGGGUCGAGGACAUUAUCUCAUCUCAAUUUCAGGAUCUCACACUUCAUCAGACUAGCAAAGAGGAGCGUGAAAGAUUAUUAGAGAGGAAAAAUAGAUUCCCCGCUGAUUGGUCAAAUGAACAACUUCUUGCAGUGGCUAUCUAUAUAUUCUCAGCAUGCACACAACACAUCUGCGUCUUCCUCGACGGUCUUGAUGAAACUGGCACUCAGGAUGACCAAACAGGACUGACAAGCCUCCUUGACAAGUUAUGCGCUAUCCCACAGCUCCAAGUAUGCGUCUCAAGCCGACCAGAGCCUGUGUUCCAAAAGUACUUUAGCAGCUGCCCCCAGCUUCGAGUACAGGAUUUGACGCAGUUCGACAUCAGGAAGUAUGCCGUAGACACUCUGGAAGGGCUAAAUUUCGACGAUGAGGAGUGGCUCGACCGUCUAGUCUACAAACUUUGUUCGAAGGCUGAUGGGGUAUUCUGUGGGUAG